AUGGACUUCAACUUUGGCCAGGAUGGCGCUUCUGGCUCUGCAUCGUCCACAGGCUGGUUGGGCUUCAGCUCAUCCCAGCGCGUGAUGGUCGCAUCAUCGUCGCCUGGUGCGCCCAACCCCAUUGGAGGCCCCGUUAACGACAUUGAGGCCGAUGAUGCUUCUUUCGCCGAGUCCUAUCGCCCAGAGACAUCACCUCUCUUCAAUCCCAUGUUUGUGCCUCGCGCGACCGUCCCAGAGCCCGCCGGUUCCCUGGGAAUCAGCCCAAACCCUCCCGCCCGUCGCUGGCCUUGGCAGCGCGACUCGUCGGUUCUUGAUGCCAGUGUCGAUAAUCUCGCGUCGCCAACAAUUUCUGGACUCGUCCAGCCCGCAAACCGCCCAACCCCAUCCGAAGAGUCUGCUCAAGAUGCCGAUGGGCCUGAACCCGCCAACCUCUCGUCGCCUGGACGUGCCCCAUUGUCGCCCUUGCAAGAAUCGGCUGCGCAGGCCGAACACGACGCCAUCAAUCACCAAACCACCGCCGAGAAGCUGGACGACACUGCCCUUGAACCCACCACAAUCGGGACGCGAAUUGAAAUCACCGAAACUGUCAUCCAGUCGUCCGAGAAGGAGCCCGAGUCGGGACUUGAGCAACAGGACGAGACUGCUCAACGUGGCGAAAGCGAACGUGUUGAGGAAACGCCGCCUGAACCCGCCGACAAUGAAGAGAUCUCCCAGGAGCUGCGGGGUUCCCCAGAGUCUGCACCAGCAACUGCGGAGGGUGCCAGCACCAAACUCACACUGCCCUCCAUCGAGGCAGAUUCCACAAAGCGAAUGUCGGCGCCUCCAGGAGUCGUCCUACCGGCCCAGCCAGAUAGCCCUCAGGCGCGUAGGGCACUGUCAACUCCAUCUCUGGUUGUCGAACUCAAGUCCUUGACAGAACCAGAGAAGGCCGCCUUCGGCGCUGAAAUCCCUGCCUCUGAGGAGGUAGACGAAUCUGCCGCACCACCUUCUUCCAGGCAAGGCCGACGGACUACCCAGGAACUUUUGUCGAGCGCUGCUGGGUCUGCCGUGAAAGGUGUUCGUGGGCGUCGUGGCCUUGCCUCUGCACCUGCCUCCCCCGCUGUCAAGGAGGCUCCUUCAUCUGCUGCAAAGAGGGCACGCAAGUCCAUGCUUGCCAGCAUUGCUACAACUGAAACGCCCAAGAAGCGUGGACGCCCACGAAAGAGCGAUGUCGCGGCCACACCAACUACGGCCCCGAGCACUGGAAAGAGAGGCCGACCAAGGAAAUCAGAUGCAACCCCAAGCGCUGUUCCAAGCGCUGCUGUCCCAUCUGCCAAAGGUCGCCGUGCUGCUAGCGCCAGCAAGGCCGCGCCAACUCCUCGACGGGUCACCAUCGCACGAUCCCCAAAGACCGCACCCCGGCCUCGAACAGUGGUGGCGCGAACUUCCAGUGUCCGUUCUCGUGGAGUUUCAAAUGCGGCCACUCCAGUCACGACACCUGCCAUCACUCCCAAGCGACGUGGUCGGCCUCCAAAGAACACUCCUCAGCCAACCUCUACCGAUCCUGAGGCUGAGGCUCCUGAAACUGAGGUACCUGAGAGCACCAGCAGAUCUGCCAAGAGCACACGAACUGUGAAGCCACGUGCUGUUCCAUCCCCUGCCAAACGAGCUCGACCCAGCAGGAAAGCAGCUGCGCCUGCUACCAAAGCCGAGUCUCAACCUCCCACACGAAGGAGCCGCCGGGCCGCUGCCGAGCCUAAGGAGCAGGAGAAGCCCACAGGUGCUACAGUUGCAGAGGCCCCCAAGAGACGCGGGCGUCCACCCAAGAAACUCGACGCCGCAAAGCCCGAAGAACCCGCCCCAGAGCCCAAGACUAGGAAGCGCGGUCGUGCUGCUGCAACUGAAGACACCCCCGCAGAGGAGCCCAUGCCAAAGAAGCGAGGUCGCGCGGCCAAGGCUGCACCGGAAGAAGCUCCAGCUUCCAAGCGAGCCCGUCGGGGAGCAGCGGCAUCCAAGGUUGUCGAAGAGGCGCCCGAACCCGCACCGGCAAAGAAGCGUGGAGUUGCCGCCGUUUCUAGGAAGAUGGCCAAGAACGCUGCGAUUGAGCCCGAGCUCACUUCCAAGCGACGCGGAAGAUCGGCUGGCACAGCCACUACGACCAACGGUGUCGCAGCCGAUACCACAAAGAAGCGCGGUUCUAAGCGAGUAGCUGCCGAGCUCGAAGCAGAGCCCGAAUCUCCCGAGCCUCCUACAAAGAAGCGUGGCCGAUCCAAGAAGACUGCCGCUGAGCCCGAGCCUGAGGUAGCUGAACCCCCAGCAAAGAAGGGCCGUGCCACCCGAAAGGCCAAGGAACCAGUCGUUAAGGACGAUGAACCAGCCACCGGACGACGGACCGGACGUUCAACCAAGGCUACCAAGCCCGCAGCUGAGGAACCAGCUCCUACACGCGGCAGAUCUAGCCGCGCCAAGGCUGCUCCUGUAGAGGAGGCCAAGACAGCUUCCAAGCCUCGUGGUCGCGCUGCAGCGAAGAAGGCCGCCGAGCCCACCGUCGAAGAGGAAGAGCCCAAGUCCAAAACCCGUGGUAGAUCCACCAAGGCGAAGUCCGGCAAGGGCGAGCUCCCCAGCACAAAGUCGUCGGAUGCUCCUACGACAAAGCGAGGACGAGCUGCAAAGGCACUGGCGGCCAAGGCUGCUUCCCCCAAGGGUGUUGUCAAGAAGGGCAGGGCGGCGCAGACAGGUGUGAGGAGGGGACUCCGGUCAAAGGCUUGA